UGGAAUGCUGAGCGAUGCACAGCGGGAAGGUUUGCAUGUAACUUUGUAUCUCAGUACUCAGGGCUGCGUCUGUGACCAUGUGUUUUUGCAAACAUGUUACUAUAGGUACCUAACGGAAUACUAGAAAUAAAGUUUUUUUUUUUUUCUUUUUCAAGCGUGUGAAAAGGAAACAUGGAGUGCACUGGAGAGGUGACACCCCAGCUAAUGAUGGCUGUGGGCACAGCAGUGAUUGGCUCUCUCCAGUUCGGCUACAACACUGGUGUCAUCAAUGCGCCUCAAAAUAUCAUUGAAAAUUUCUACAAAGAGACAUGGACCAGCAGGUUUUCCGAGCCCAUCUCCCACACCACACUAACAGCUCUGUGGUCCCUCUCUGUGGCUAUCUUCUCUGUGGGUGGAAUGUUUGGUUCCUUCUCAGUUGGCCUCUUUGUGAACUGCUUCGGCAGGAGGAACUCCAUGCUCAUGGCCAACGUGCUCGCUGUCAUCGCUGCUUUGCUCAUGGGCUUCUCCAAGCUCGCAGCUUCAUGGGAGCUCCUCAUCAUUGGGCGCUUCACCGUGGGCCUGUAUUCUGGCCUGUCCACUGGCUUUGUGCCCAUGUACGUAGAGGAAAUUUCCCCUACGUCUCUCCGUGGAGCAAUGGGGACUUUACAUCAGUUGGGUGUCGUCAUCGGUAUCCUCUUGGCACAGAUUUUGGGGAUUGAAUCCAUCAUGGGGAACGCCUCCCUCUGGCCCCUGUUGUUAGGGUUCACGCUACUGCCAGCCAUUGUGCAGUCUGUCCUGCUGCCCCUCUGCCCUGAGAGCCCGAGAUACCUCCUCAUCAACUGCAACAAGGAGAGCCAAGCCAACAGCGUGUUAGUAAAGCUACGUGGCACCGACGACGUGAGUGAAGACAUGACGGAGAUGAAGGAAGAGAGCCGACAGAUGAUGGCAGAGACAAAAGUGACCAUAUUAGAGCUCUUGCGCGCUCCUGUUUAUCGCCAGCCUGUCCUUGUUGCUGUGAUGCUGCAGCUCUCACAGCAGCUGUCUGGGAUCAACGCUGUGUUCUACUAUUCUACCGGAAUCUUUGCAAGAGCAGGUGUGUCCCAGCCUGUCUAUGCAACCAUCGGAGCAGGAGUAGUAAACACAGCAUUCACAGUUGUUUCUUUGUUUGUGGUGGAGCGUGUGGGCAGAAGGCCACUGCACCUGACUGGUUUAUUGGGAAUGGCAAUUUCCGCAAUUGUUCUAACUCUUGCUCUGGCCUUGUUGGAUCAAUACAACUGGAUGUCCUACGUGAGCAUUGUGGCCAUCCUUAGCUUUGUAGCCUUUUUUGAAAUUGGCCCUGGCCCCAUCCCAUGGUUCAUUGCGGCAGAGCUCUUUAGUCAGGGGCCCCGGCCAGCCGCUAUCGCAGUUGCUGGCUUCUCGAACUGGUCUGCCAAUUUUUUAAUUGGCAUGAGCUUUCCAUAUGUGGAGCAACUCUGUGGCCCUUAUGUCUUCAUCAUCUUCACCGUUCUCCUGCUGGGUUUUUUCAUCUUUACCUACUUCAAGGUGCCCGAAACCAAGGGACGUACAUUUGAUGAGAUUUCUGCAGGCUUUCGACAAUCAACUGGUCGCGGUGCUGAUAAAUACUCGGCCUCUGAAGAGUUCAACACACUCAGGGGUGACGAUCCUGACCUUUAAAGGAUGUGCUCAACUUACAUUAUCAUCCCAAUUUAUCAGGUUGUUUAGGCUCAACUUCCUACUAUGAUUUUUUUUUUUGUCCAUUCACAGACAGUCAAACUGGGUCAGACUGUUGUCUCAGUUUUGGUGCUAAAAAUUAGACGAUCACACAGGACUGUUGUUUCACCCAUCACACACAUACAUUGUCCGAUGACAAUCCCAUGAAAAUAAACAUACCAGCCCCGAAAAGUGGCUCUCGUUUGAUCUUAGUUUUGUGUAAUUGUUUGCGAGGUUGGUAAUUAGGCAAUGCAAUGGUGUGUGUUCUAAUUCAAUUUGGUUGGUUUGGGAUGCAAGAGACAGGCACUACACCACUUUCAGCUUAAUCAGGAAACAAAACAAGAAGGGCUUUGCGAUAUGGCCUAUAUAAUAUAUUCAUUAAUUCAUCUUCCCGACUGCUUAUCCUCACUUGGGUCACUGGAGCCUUUCCCAGCUGACUCUGGGCGAGCGGCGGGCUACACCCUGAACUGGUCGCCAGCCAAUCGCAGGGCACACACAGUAUAAACAAACAAGCCUUCGCACUCAAAUUCACACCUACAGGCCGUUUAGUGUCUUCAAUUAAUCUACCAUGCAUGUCUUUGGGAUGCGGGAGGAAACGGGAGAACCCGGAGAAAACCCACACAGGCAAGGGAGAACAUGCAAACUCCACAGAGGCGAUGCCGGAUUUGAACCCAGGCCCUCAGAACUGUGAGGCAGAUGUGCUAACCAGUCGGUCACUGUGCCGCCUAACUAUAAAUGCAUAAAAUCUAAAAUGACAAUGGCAUCAUUCAAAACAAGUUUUUAUCCCCUUCUGCAAUUUGCUUUAUUUAUCCGAAUACCAAAAGCUUUGAAAAAGUCCUAUUUCAGCAAGUUUUUUUGUUUUCUUUCUUCAAGCGUUAAUUUGCAUCAACUUCCACAGAAAUUAUUGUAAUAUUUUUUUUUACAGAUAAUGUGAUAAGUUGGGAAAUUUUUCAUCUUGGGAAAAAAAUCAUUUUUGUCCUAACAUGUAAGUAAAUAAAGUCCUUAAUAAAUCAA